CCCAACAAAUUUUAGUCUCACGACAGAAACGAAGAUCAGAAAUCGCAAAGCGAAAUGGAAGUGGUAAUACCAGCACCGGCAGCCAUGGAUUUCAACUUCGACAGCGCCUGUUCCACGCCUUACAUUAGCGCUCCUUCUAGUCCGAAACGUUUUGGGGAUUUCUACUUCAGCGCUCCCACCAGCCCUUCUCGUGCUUCUGCCAUGUACCGUGAUUUCAAUGACUUCUCUGCUUCUGUAAUCCCAUUUGACUGGGAAGAGAAGCCCGGAACGCCUAAAUCAAAGGCCAGCAGCAAAAACAACGACGACGAUGACGAUGAUUUCGCCUUCGAUUUCAGUGGGCAGCACGAGAGAGCCUCUCUCUCUGCUGAGGACCUCUUCGACGGUGGCGUAAUCCGACCUCUGAAGCCCCCUCCUCGUCUCCAGCUCGGUGACGAGGCUUCAACUUGGAAGAGCCCUGUUUCGUCUCCGAGGUCGCCUAGAUCACCCAUCGCUCAGGGGAAGAAGAUGAUCCGUGAAGCGUUCUCGCCGCGACAGAAGAAGAAGGAUAUCGACCCGUUUGCAGCUGCAAUCGAAGAAGCACGUAAAGGUUCAGAUCGCAAUCGAGGUAGAGAACGAGCACCCGUUUCAUUGUCUAAUUCGGGGCGUAAAACGACCAGAUCUGUCUCUCCCUUGAGGGUUUCAGAAUUCGCGUGGGAAGAACAACAACAACAACAACAACAACAACAGCAGCAAGAGAACACGAAAUCGACUCCAUCGAUUUCCAAACAGUCUUCGUCUUCAUCAACUUCAUCUCUCAAAGGCUCUAGAAAAUGGAGACUAAAGGAUCUGCUGUUGUUUCGAAGCGCAUCAGAAGGUCGAGCAUCGGAGAAGGAUCCAUUGAGGAAAUACGCAGCUUUACCAAAGAAGCAGCAGCAGCAGGAGGAAGACGUGAAGAACUCGAGCUUCCGGUCGACCGACAGCUCCGGCUCUGUAUCUGGUUCGACCUCGAGGAGGAGAGGUCCGGUUUCGACUCACGAGUUACAUUACAAGGCGAACCGGGCGGUGUCGGAGGACAUGAGGAGAAAGACCUUCUUGCCCUACAAGCAAGGGCUAUUGGGUUGUUUAGGGUUCAAUCCGACCGUCCAUGGGCUGACCAGGGCCUUUGGAUGAGACUGAAAUGACCUUUAUUAGGGUUUAGAAUGUGCAGCUUUGCUUGAGACAUUUUAGUAAGUUUUUUGGUUUUAUUAAAGAAAUUCUUCCCUGAGCUAUAGAAGCCAUGAGUGAAGGGGGAAAAUUUGGAAUUGUUUCUGUAAUUUUAACGUUCUAAUCUUUCUUUUAUUAAGAAUGUAAUGUAAUCAAGUUAAGUAUAUAUUGAAAACCAGUUUAUUUGAUU